CAGGCUAGUUCUCGCUGACUCAGAUGGUGGAAUGUGGUGCUAGUGAGGCCAAAUUUGCUCAUCAGAAAUUGCUCAAAAUCCCACUCUGGGGAUCCAUAUAAAUACACCCACCUGCACACUCUGCUUGCCCAGUGCCAGCGCUCCUCUCUGCCCACUCUGGUGCCCUCCUUCACCUGUCUACUGCCCCCUGGUGGUAUGAUUUACACCCUGAUUGCUGGUCACAUGACUCCAGUGACCGCCAUCGCAGGAGGUCGGCAUGGCUCAGUCGCGGUCACAUGUUCCAGUGAAGGAACGCUGAGACUGUGGGACCUGGAGCGGGGCGGUGUGGUGCGGACCAUCUAUGGGGACGCCGGUUUCUCUGCGGCGGACACACUUACUCUAUGCUUGAACGACAGCUUGGUGGCCAUCACCAAAGGCCACUGCCUCCAGGUUAGAGAGCUGUCCACUGGGAAAUUGCUGUAUUCCGAGAGUGAGUCUUUGGAUGUUCCCAUGGUUACCUGCGCAUCUGAGGGACAGCUUUUGGUGGUCUUCUUUGAUGGGAGUCAAGUGGUAAAGGUGUUUGACCUUGCGGCCUCCUGUAAGCUCUUGUUUUGCACAAACAUCGCCCUGGAGUCGGAACCCAUCCACAAAGACCAGUCAGUCCUGGUGUCCCGCAACUCAGUCAAAGACUACGUGCUGUUUGCCUACAGAAGCGGUGGGGAGGCUGCUGUAUUCAGUGCCCGAGGAGGAUCGGUUGUAGCCACACUGAAAGCCCAGCAUCUGUCUGCUACCAUACAGGCUGUGGAAAUGUCCUCUCAGUAUCUGCUGGUCUUCUGCAGAUACCCUUACAGAAGCCAGGGUGACAUCAUCCACAUUGAGAUCUUCAGUACCACCACCUUCCAAUAUCAGCGUUCCAUCAUGGGUUGUGGUCAGGACCUCGUUUCCCAGGUCGCCGUAACCAGGGGCGGAUCCCACGUAGUGGCUUUUUGCCCCUCCUCCCGCAGCAGCACCACUGACAUCAUGGUCUGGAACCUGGAGACUGAGGACCACAAACACCUGGCUCGCUUUCCUGGCCUGAUUGUUCAGGGGGUGUGCUUUGACCUGCGGUUCUGCCUGGGGUUCUGUCGAGGUGAGAGGUUCCUGAACUUGUGGAACCUAGUCUCUAGGAUCCAUGACCAGACCCUCACCUACAACAUCCACAGAGUGAGGAGCGAAGGUACCCAGGAGGUCGUCCCCAUGGGCAGGGUCCCCAGGUACGUGCUGUGCAGGAGCGUGCGACACGGCACCAUACGGGUGUGGAACAUCGCCCGGCCUCGACUGGCAGGACGGCCGGUGAGGGUGGAGCACGGCCUGUUCACCAACGCUGACGUGGCGUUGGCACGCGACCUGAAACUUUACAUCCUGACUGACCGAGGAACCUCCAGCUUCAUUGAGUCAAGCACUCCUGUGUACCAGACAUUGUUGGUGUAUGACCUGCUGAAAAAGAGCUAUGUAAAGAGACAGACAGGGCUCUUCAUAGUGCCCUGCCCCCAGACUGACUACGCCAUGCUGCACGGCCAAAUUCUCAUGGGUCUCUCAGAGACGAGGGACCAUUUAAUACUGUGGGAUCUGGACUCGGGCUACAUCAAGGGUCGUAUCAAGCCAUCUCACAAAGAGUCUCUGCUGUCCAACUUGCCAGCCAGAGAAAGGCAGUCCCAGGUCAUACCUGCCACAGAACACAGAGUGUUUCAGUUGGUGAUGCCGUGGGACCAGCGCACGGAGACGCACACGGCAAAGAGGAGGCGUCUGGAGAGGGAGGCGCAGUGGGAGACGGAGGAGCAGCGGCGUCUGGACCAGGAGAAGUUCAACGCCGUGGAUCAGUACCUCCUCAGUGGAGACGAACAGGUGGUGGUGUGCUCUUACUUUGCUCACCAUCUGAACGUGUUCAGCGUGGACACCCAGAACCACCUGCACACCCUGGAGGACCUCUCCUCUCUGCUGGGCCUCCAGACGGCUGCUCUCACACACACCGGGGGGCACCUGGUGCUCAGCAACUACAGUGAGGCGCAGCACACACCCUACCUCACCCUUUGGGACCUGAAGAAAGGCAAGGUGCGCAAACGACUGAAAAAUGAGCCGGGAAUCUGUUGUGUUGCCAUGACGAAUGAUGCCAGCCGAAUAGCGUUUGGCAUUACUGGAAUAAAUAAACUUAAGGUGUGGGAUCCAUUCAAGAGGAAACACAGAACCAUUUCAGGCUAUGGGAGUCUGAGAUUUGAGGUGGUGAACCAGCUUUUCCUUGUGGAAGAAGGGGCUAAAGCUAUUCUACUGGCUGGUGAGCUGAGCAUGUGGGACCUGAAUGCUGGAACAGUCCUGUCAGUCUUCACGCCCGACUCCACCAUCCAGUGCAUCUCUCUCCUCGGUGACGCACACAACACCAUCCUGCUCGGCUUCAGCGACAGCCCCACCCUCAUCGCUGUGAGACUGAGUCACAAUGGGGUCGUCAAGGCCGCAGCUGGCUCCCGGGGGGAUGACCUGUUUGGGGAGUCCAGCAGCAGUGAGGAUGAGGAGGAGAAAGGUGGUCGAUAACAAGCCAAGAGUCAGUACGCUAAGGGAUAAUUGGGGAUGAAGAAAUAAUAAGAUAGAGAUUUUAUGGAAUAACAAUUGGUGACAGAUGUCUGUAGAAUGACAUAAAGAUCCUCUUUUCGACGCUAUGCAAAUCACACUGAAGCUUUACAUCAUUUGGGAGGCACUGUUGAGUAAGUCGUGAAAAUUAAUAUGGC